AUGGAUUCCCCGAUGGAGCUGACCAUUCAUCACCAUGGUACACCGCAUAUCAUCCAGGUUUCCUCUUCAGCGACAUUACAAGACCUCUCGUCCGAGAUAGCGAGCGUCCUCAACAUCCCAAUAGACAACCAGAAGCUUCUCAUAGCCCCGAAACCAGGGAUGCAAAAAGCGCCAUUUCCUCCAACUCUCCUCGAAGCCAUACUCCAAAGAUCCUCCCCUAAAUUCAAGAUCACCCUCCUCGGGACACCCGCCAAAGAAAUCGCCCACCUCCACGAACAAUCUGCCAGCGAACAGCGCCGACAAGAGGCACGAUCUUCCGCUCUAGCUGCAGCACGUCGCAAUAAACAAAAACCUACCGCAAGCCGCACCGGGGGCAUCCACACUAUCUCCUCUUCGAGCAACAACUACACAUUUCACCGUCUCCUCCCACUCUCCUACCUUCCAAACCCAGACCGGUCUCUUGACUUUCUCAAACGCCUCCGCGACGACCCAGGAAUUCGAGCCGCAAUGGCUAAACACAAGUUCUCCGUCCCACUUCUUACAGAAAUGAACCCAGCCGAACACACCACCAGCGAGUCGCGAACGCUGGGUCUAAAUCGGAACAAAGGCGAGGUCAUCGAGUUGCGUCUGCGAACGGACGCAUAUGAUGGUUAUCGCGAUUAUAGAACUAUUCGAAAGACGCUGUGUCAUGAGCUUGCUCAUUGCGUGUUUGGGCCGCAUGACCGCGAUUUCUGGGAUUUGACAUCUCAGAUUGAGAAGGAGGUUGAUCGUGCUGAUUGGAAGUCUGGGGGAAAUCAAUUGUCUAGUCAGGAGUUCUACAAUCCGGGGGAUUGGGACAGUGUACAAGAUGGCGAGGAGUUUGUUGACGAGUGUGGGUGGACCGGUGGGGAGUUUGUUCUUGGUGGAUUGCAAGGGGAUCCGGCUUCAUCACAGUCUGGCAGUGGCGGGGCGCUGACUCGUCGGGAGAUCAUGGCGCGUGCUGCAGAGGAAAGGAUGAAGAGGGAGAGCCAGGCGAGAAAGCAGGAUGAUGCUACGUGA